CUUAAAUAAAAACGGCGACGUUUCUUGAGACCUGAGAGGAUCGGGAAAGCAGGAACACUUUCUUUUGGUUCUGUAGCGCCGGGAAAAGCGAUGAACUUGUGGAAAGCGAUGCUUUAACAGGCGAAAAGAGAAAAUUCUUGUAUUCACAGCCAAGGUAGUAGAUGGUACAUUAAUUAAAAUAAUGAACAAAAAAGGCUUGGCAAUUUUGAUGCGAACAAGAAUGAAAGCUCCCAGCGAUCCAAACAAGCUACCUCUCUUACCUCUCACUGGCAAGGUUAAUCAAAUGCUAACCAAUUUUGAUGGAAACCCGUUCGAUUCUAGUGUUUCGCAAGCUGCUGCAGAGGAAGGACAAGGACCCAACAAGCUUAAUCGCCCCACUAACAUCGAGAGGGAUUUCGAUGCUGUGCGGGAAUCUAUGCACUCUGCCAUAUCGUUGAACAAAACUGAGGUUCUGGAUGUGGUGCUUAAUGAUUUCUCCGAGGGUUACUUUGGCCUUUCCUUUGAAAGUCGCCGGAAAUUAUUGCUCACGCUUGCCCAAGUGUACGAUCUUAAUAGGACACAAGUUCGUGACCUCAUCAAACAAUAUCUUGGACUUGAACUUCCUGGCAGUAAUGCAAGUGAAUCUAGUACUGUCGAUGAGGAAGCCAUGCUUUCUUGUUUCUAUCGCCUAGAACGGAACUUGAGACAAGUUCUUAAGCCAGCAUAUGAACUCCUUUUUGAACGACUUAACAACCACCCUGGGGGAUUGAGGUUCCUGUCCAUUCUUCGGGCUGACAUUUUAUCUAUUCUCGCAGAGGAAAACAUUGCAUCUUUGCGAGCACUAGAUUCCUACUUAAAGGAAAAACUUAAUACAUGGCUUAGUCCUGCUGCAUUGGAGCUUCACCAAAUUACAUGGGAUGAUCCUGCUUCUUUGCUGGAGAAAAUUGUGGCUUAUGAGGCUGUGCAUCCAAUCAGCAAUCUUUUAGAUCUUAAAAGAAGGUUGGGUGUUGGUCGUCGUUGUUUUGGAUAUUUACAUCCAGCAAUACCUGGUGAACCCCUUAUUUUUAUAGAAGUUGCCCUUCUAAGGAAUGUGGCUCAGACAAUACAGGAAGUUCUAUGGGACACUCCUCCCAUACCUGAAUCUGAGGCAACGUGUGCAUUAUUUUAUUCUAUAUCAUCAACUCAGCCUGGCUUGGCAGGGAUCAACCUGGGAAAGUUUCUUAUCAAACGUGUCAUUACACUGGUUAAAAGAGAUAUGCCCCAUAUAUCUACAUUUGCAACUAUAAGCCCAAUUCCUGGAUACAUGCAAUGGCUGCUAUCUAAGUUGGCAUCUCAGUCAAUCCUUGCUGAAGUGGAGAACAUGUCACAAUCAUCUUCAAGCGGAUCUUUUUCCACUUUCAGGGAAAACUUACUUGAACCAGAUGAAGAAAGAUUACUUUUGAGUUGUUCUCAGGAGUCUUUUCCUGGAAAAAAUGGCAUGGAUGUCAUGUUGAAGUUGUUGACAUCUACAAAAUAUGAAUGGACCAGUUCACCUGAAUUGCUUUCAGCACUAAAGCCCCCUCUAAUGCGACUGUGUGCCAGGUACCUUCUGGAAGAAAAAAAGAGAGGAAAAGCUCUUGAUUCUGUUGCAAAUUUUCACUUGCAAAAUGGAGCGAUGAUUGAAAGAAUAAAUUGGAUGGCAGACCGAUCUGAGAAAGGCCUUCGUCAAAGUGGAGGUAUCAUGGUGAACUAUGUUUACAGGGUUGAGAAAAUUGAUGAAUAUGCUCAGUCGUACUUCAGCACUGGGCAUAUACAUGCUUCCAAUGACAUCCGUCGGUAUACUAUGCCAUGGAAGGGACAUGAAGUGACAACAGUUUAGGCUUGCAGGAAAAUACUCAAAAGAGUAAAUAAUUUUGCUUUUCUGUUUAGGCAGAACUUGCACAGUUGGUCAUGUACUCAUUGCUAACAUAUUAAAUGGUGCCAAUCAAACUGGGUAAAAACUCCUGAAAUCCAGAUACCGCAAUUGAGGGUAUCAUUACAAGUAAAAUAUUGUUGGCAGUGUCUCCAGAGUGAAGUUGCUUUCCUCAUAAAGCGGUUCUUGUUUCUAUGGCGUUUGGCCUCCAACAAUUUCCAUUCUCUGGCUGAACUUUCAGAACAUAUAUACCAAGAAGAUGUAUAUACCUUAUCAAUUCAAUUCUAUCUAUUGCAUUUAUUAUAAUAA